UUAGAUCUACCAUUCACUUUGUUGUCAGAUAAUUCAUUACUCAAAAUUUCUAUUUAGAUUUCUAUCAAAAUUUGUGGUUAAAAAUAUGACAACGUUCUUCUACUAUCCCAACAAGGAGCUGCAGGAGGAAUUAUCCUGCAUUGCCAAGGCUCUUGUGGCUCCUGGAAAAGGCAUAAUUGCCGCAGAUGAAUCGAAUACGACAAUGGGAAAACGCUUUCAAAUGAUUGGACUGGAAAACACAGAGGAGAAUCGUCGUCUCUAUCGCCAAUUGUUAAUUACCACUGAUCCCAAAAUAUCUGAGAAUAUCUCUGGAUUCAUUAUGUUCCACGAGACGCUUUACCAGAAAACCGAUGCUGGUGUUCCAUUCGCAGAAGUUCUGCGCAAAAAAGGCAUUAUUCCAGGCAUUAAAGUAGACAAGAAUUCCGUGCCACUUUUCUGCUCGAUGGAUGAAUUUACCUCACAGGGUUUGGAUGAUCUGCAUCUACGUUGUGCACAGUAUAAAAAGGAUGGCUGUGAUUUUGCCAAAUGGCGUGUGGUCAUGAAAAUCGACAAGACAACGCCCUCGUAUCACGCCAUCAUGGAAAAUGCCAAUGUGUUGGCUCGCUAUGCAGCCAUUUGUCAGUCACAGCAUCUGGUUCCUGUAAUUGAGAGCGAAGUGCUGAUGAUUGGCGAUCAUGACUUGGACCGUUGUCAGAAGGUCACCGAAACCGUUUUGGCUGCCAUUUUUAAAGCGUUGAGCGAUCAUCAUGUCUACCUCGAAGGUGUUUUGCUGCGACCCAAUAUGGUGACUCCUGGACAGAGCAGCCAUAAGAAUAACACACCCGCUGAUAUUGGCCUAAGUACUAUCUUGGCUCUACGUCGCACUGUGCCGCCUGCUGUCCCGGGCAUUUUGUUCUUAUCUGGUGGACAAGCGGAAGAGGAAGCCUCGGUUAACUUGAAUGCCACCAACAAUGUGCCAUUGUGCAAGCCUUGGGCACUCACCUUCGCUUUUGGACGUGCGAUGCAAGUCUCGGCAUUGCGCUCUUGGGGCGGUAAAAAGGAUAAUGUGUCGAACGCUCAAGCGGAGCUUAUAAAACGCGCCAGGGCCCACAGUUUGGCAAGCAUUGGCAAAUAUGUUCCCGGCUCCAUUGAGAGUUUGUAUGGCAGUGAAAAAUUAGUAAUCGAUAGCAAUGAACUCUAAAAUGUGUCACAAGAAGCAAAUAGCUAUAAAAAUUCAUCAGCUUGGGAAGUGCGAAGAAUACAAUUAUAACAUCAGAAAAACGGAACUUCGUAUCAGUGAGUUCAUUUGGUCAAUUGCUCCACUGUGGCUUCAGAUACGUAUGUAGCUGACACUUGGCCGCAGGCCGCAUGUUCGAUGUUCGAUGCAACAACUGGCAAUAUUGUUAACAAGCGUGCAAAAGAGCAAAGUGCUGUGGCAGCAACAGUAGCAAACAGCCCAACACGACUUCUGUUAACUGCCAAGUGUCGCAUUAAUCCACGGAGAUUACCAGACGGCCACAUGGCCAACGUUCCAGUAGCAGCUACAGCAACAGCAACGGCAACUCUACAUCAAGCACUACAGUGCAGCUUAAUUAAUGCGAGCGCAUGCCAAAAGCCAAGCCAAUGGCUAUGGAGCAUGUUAAGCAUGUGGCCAAGUGUUCGACUUAAUCAGGCGAUGCUUCAGCUCAGGUAGCUUCGACUCGCCUCGACUCGACUCCACUCCAACACUGGCGUCACAGUGUCAUGUUGCUGGCAAAUUAGUCAGACCCGCAUUGCCCAUUGUGGACCAAGAGACGUGACUGAGAAACAGAGAAGAGAGAGGCUAGUAAUAAUUAAAAUUAAAGCACUGCCUAAGUUAUGGACAAUCUCAUCGCCAGCUACGUAACAUAACAGACACGCACAGUUUGAUUUGCCCACAGUGUAAGCUGGAGGUUAUAAUUGACUUGAUGUUAACUCGGAAAGAAAUAUGUACUUCAGUUAAGAGUUUUGGGAAAAUUAAUGGAAAUACAAAUGCAAAUG